AUGGGACGAGUACGAACGAAAACCAUCAAAAGGGCCGCCAGGCAAAUUGUGGAAAAGUACUAUGCCAAGCUAACCCUCGACUUUCAAAUAAACAAAAAGAUUACAGAGGAAGUUGCCAUCAUUCCCUCCAAGAGAAUGAAAAAUAAAGUUGCUGGAUUUGUUACCCACCUGAUGAAGAGGAUCCAGAAGGGACCAGUCAGAGGUAUCAGUUUGAAGCUCCAAGAAGAGGAGAGAGAAAGACGUUUAGACUUUGUUCCAGAGAAAUCGCAAAUCGAUGUCAAUGUCAUUUAUGUCGAGCCUGACACUGUACGUAUGAUUAAGGCGCUUGGAAUAAACAUCAGCAACAUGAAGGUGCACAACCCCAUGAUCAACUCCAACCAACAGAAGCAGAACAGGAUGAACACCCAUUACUAG